AUGGCUAGUCCUACCGUUCUCACCUUUGAUGCUGAGGGACGUGCAGUUGAUUUUGACGUGUGGGUUGACGACCUACAGCUCUUCCUUCAGUGUGAUUCUAGGGAUGGGGUGUCCCUCUUCGAUCACACGUCCGGUGUUUCCACUGCUCCUGCAGCCACUGCUGACAGUACUGUUCGCUCGCAGUGGACCACUCGUGACGCUGUUGCUCGUCUUGCUGUUCGUAGUCACCUACCGCCUGCUGAGCGCGCACACUUUGGCCAGUACAAGACUGCUCAGUCCUUGUACGACGUUGUAGUUGCGCGCUCCUCCCCUGCCACUGCUGCCCUCAGCCGCCUCAUGCUACCGUACCUUUUCCCUGACCUUGCUGCCUUUGCCACUGUCGCUGACCUAGUUGCUCACCUUCGCACUAGUGACGCCCGCUACCGCGCUGCCCUUCCCACUGAGUUCUUCAGGGAGCACUUUCUCUCCCUUUGCCCCACCGAGCUGACUGUCGACCUGCUAGAGGAGCGCCUUGCUGCAGCUGAGAAGAGUAUCUUAGCUGUAGGUGCUUCUCGCGACGACCGUCACACCCCUUCUUUGAGGGGUGUUCCCCUGUCCCCCUUCUCCCCUCUGUUGCUUCUGCUGCUGCUGUCGACCUCGUUGGCACUGAGGAGGUCGGCGCUGCGUCUGCCUCUAGUGGGAGACGCCGCAUCAGCAAGGGCAAGGGGAGCAAGGGUGGUGGAGGGGGCGGCGGUGGAGGUGGUGGAGGCGGCGGAGGAGGUGGAAGUGGUGGUGGGGGUGGUACCGGGAGUGGGGGCGUCGGUGGCGGCGGUGGCGGAGGAGGUGGAGGCAGCGGCAGCGGUGGUGGAGGUAGCGGAGGAGGUGGUGCUGGUCGAGGUGCAGCCGCGCAGCGUGGAGGCUUUGGUGGCGGCCAGCGCCAGCAGCAGCUACGCACCCGUGAGGCCCCGUCGGUUCAGCAGCUUCGUGAGUGGUACGCUGGGCGUGGGAGGUCUGGGGGUGCAGAAUGUGCCUAUCUUUGAUCUAGACUUUGAUGCUAUCCUUGCUGCCAUGUAUGCUCUUGCUGAUAGUGCUGAGGGUGACUGUUACCUGAGUGUCUCGCCCGACCCGGGCAUUGCGGCUGCUGCUCUAGGUGCUAGUGCGUCUGCUGCUCCAGGUACUGGUGCGUCUGCUGCUCCAGGUGCUGGUGCGUUUGCUCUCUUUGGUACUGCACCUACUGAGUCCUUACACACUUUCACACUUGACUCUGGUGCUUCGCGCUCUUUCUUUAGAGACAGCACCACGCUCACGCCGCUCAGUCGGCCUGUUGCGGUCUCCCUUGCUGACCCCUCCGGGGGCCCAGUCCUUGCACACUCCUCCACGGUUCUACCGUGUCCUGCGGCCCUGUCGGGCUUGCUGUCGGGACUCCACCUCCCCUCAUUCUCUACGAACUUGGUGAGUGGAGCUGACCUCCAGGACGCGUGGGUUGACCAGUUCACCCCUAGUGGUCCCUCCCUCCCCUUCCUCCGGGGCCUGCCCCCACCUGUGUUCCUUGUGUCGAGGGCCGCCCGCGCCCGUGGACAGGGUCACGAGCGUUACUUCCUGCUGGUCGUUGACGACUACUCGCGUUACACCACAGUCUUCCCCUUGCGCAGCAAGGGUGAGGUCCCUGAGGUGUUGAUCGACUGGAUCCGCGGUGCUCGUCGCCAGCUUAGUGAGAGUUUCGGCUCAGACCUUCCUGUUGUGCGUCUGCACUCAGACAGAGGCGGGGAGUUUUCCUCCGACCUCCUGAGAGCCUUCUGUCGUUCUGAGGGCAUCCGCCAGACGUUCACGCUUCCGGCCUCCCCGCAGCAAAAUGGGAUUGCUGAGCGCCGCAUUGGCAUGGUCAUGGACGUCGCUCGUACGUCCAUGAUCCAUGCGGCUGCUCCCCAUUUUCUGUGGCCGUUCGCGGUUCAGUACGCUGCGCAUCAGAUCAACCUUCAGCCUCGUGUCUCCUUGCCGGAGACCACACCUACUCUGCGGUGGACGGGGAAGGUUGGCGAUGCGUCCGCGUUCCGUGUCUGGGGAUCUCGAGCUUUUGUCCGCGAUACUACAGCGGACAAGCUGUCCUCCCGUGCCGUUCCCUGUGUCUUCCUUGGCUUCCCUCCUGACGCACCCGGGUGGCAGUUCUACCACCCCACCUCGCGUCGUGUUCUGUCCUCUCAGGACGUAGACCCUGCCGAGCCGGUCGAGGUAGCAGUCGACUCAGGUGCUGAGUUUGGGGGUGCUGAGCCUGCGGGUGCGGGGACUGGGGGUGCUGAGUCUGGGGGUGCUGAGUCCGGGCGUGUGGAGCCUGCGGGUGCUGUGUCUGGGGGUGCUGAGCCUGCGCGUGCUGCGUCUGGAGGUGCUCUAGGUGUCCCGUCGCGGCGGGAGCCUCUCUCUCCACAGCAGCUUCGUGAGUGGUACUCUCCGCGCUGUCGGGGUGCUGUUGGAGCUUCUGGAGGUGCUGCUGGUGCUGGUGCUACUGGAGGUGCUGCUGGUGCUGGAGGUGCUGCUGGUUCUGGUGCUGCUAGAGCUUCUGGCGGUGCUGCUGGUGCUGGUGCUGCUGGAGGUGCUGCUGGUGCUGGAGGUGCUGCUGGAGCUUCUGGAGGUGCUGCUGGUGCUGGUGCUGCUGGAGGUGCUGCUGGUGCUGGUGGUGCUGCUGGUUCUGGUGCUGCUGGAGCUUCUGGCGGUGCUGCUGGUGCUGGUGCUGCUGGAGGUGCUGCUGGUGCUGGAGGUGCUGCUGGUUCUGGUGCUGCUGGUGCUGGAGGUGCUGCUGGAGCUUCUGGAGGUGCUGCUGGUGCUGGAGCUGCUGGAGGUGGUGCUGGUGCUGGAGCUGCUGGAGGUGCUGCUGGUGCUGGAGCUGCUGGAGGUGCUGCUGGGACUGGAGACCCUGGGGCUGAGGGUCCUGGUUCUGCACCUGCUGUUUCUGGAGGCGCUGUGCGGCCGCGGCCGUACUACGUUCCGCUCCUUCAGCAGGUUCUUGGCCUCCCGCCUUCUCCUGGUCCUCCUCCUUCUUUACUGAGUCCACCGCCUGUCCUGUCCCAGUCGCGGUUCCAGCCGGCCUCUCCGCUGCCUGGUCCUUCUCCUUACUCUGGACCGACUAGAGGUCUUACGGAGCGUCGUGAGCCUGCAUCUCGUCCUGUGUCGCCUGCGUCUCGUUCUGCGUCGCCUGUCCGUCCUGUUCGCGCUGGUCGUGUUUCGCGUCCGCGUCCUCGUCCUGUCCCUGGCACUCACUCUAUGACUCUGCAUCCUUCCACUGCUCCGCAGCGUGUCCCUCUACCGUCUCCUCCUGCGUCCUCUCUUCCUGUCGGUCCGGACCCGGAGUCUGACUCCCUUCGUGCUGCUAGUCCUACAGUCACGCGCUUUCUGGCCACUGCUGUCACUGACCCUUUGUUUGAGUCCACUACUGCGUCUGCUCUUGUUACUGAGCUUGUUGACUUUGCUGCAGCCUGUCGCCUAGACUACGCCGCUAGUCUUGUUACUAAGUCUGCGUCUGUGUCUGUCUGUCCUCCGUCCGUUGGGGGUGAGUGUGCUCUUGGCACGGACGUUCUUGAGGACAGACAGGAGGAGUUUGAGUGCUUUGCUGCUUCUGUACCUCAUCUCUUGUCCAUGCUGCUUGCCCCUGAGGGAGACCUGGAUGCACCAGACAUCCCGACCCCGCGCUCUUACGCAGAGGCGAUAGAGGGUCCUUACUCCUCUCAGUGGCAGGCAGCCAUGGACGCCGAGAUGGCUUCCUGGAAGUCCACAGGCACCUACGUCGACGAGGUUCCCCCGCCUGGGGCGAACAUUGUCAGUGGUAUGUGGAUCUUCAGGGUGAAGCGGCCGCCGGGUUCUCCGCCUGUCUUCAACGCGCGUUACGUUGCACGUGGCUUCAGUCAGCGACAGGGAGUUGACUUCUUUCAGACCUUCUCCCCUACCCCGAAGAUGACCACUCUUCGGGUUCUGCUGCACGUAGCUGCUCAGCGUGACUACGAGCUCCACUCGCUUGACUUCAGCACAUCCUUCCUACAGGGCAGCCUGCACGAGGAGAUCUGGCUGCGCCGCCCACCUGGCUUCACUGGGUCGUUUCCAGCUGGUACCCAGUGGAGCCUCCGGCGGCCAGUCUACGGUCUCCGCCAGGCACCUCGUGAGUGGCACGACACACUCAGGACGACUCUUGCUGCUCUUGGUUUUGUUCCUUCCACUUCUGACCCUUCUCUGUUCUUACGCACUGACACUACUCUGCCUCCGUUCUACGUUCUUGUGUACGUAGACGACCUAGUCUUGGCUACUGCUGACACUGAGGCACUCGCCCACGUAAAGUCCGAGCUGCAGAAGAGACACACGUGCACAGACCUGGGUGAGCUCACAAGCUAUCUUGGCUUGCGGAUCACCCGGGACAGAGCACAGCGCACCAUUACCUUGACUCAGUCACACAUGGUGCAGCAGGUCCUUCAGCGCUUCGGCUUCACAUACUCCUCGCCACAGUCCACUCCUCUGCCUAUAGGUCACUCGCUCUCAGCUCCACCUUCGGACGAGUCCGUAGAGCCGAGUGGCCCGUAUCCAGAGCUUGUGGGCUGCCUCAUGUACCUGAUGACUUGCACUCGACCUGACCUCGCAUACCCUCUCAGCCUUCUGGCUCGCUACGUGGCUCCCGGCAGGCACCGAAAGGUGCACUGGGAUGCUGUGAAGAGGGUGUUGCGCUACUUGUGCAGUACAUCGGGCAUGGGGCUCGUGCUUGGAGGACGGGCUCGAGUUGUCCUCACUGGUCACGCUGACGCCUCCUGGGUUGACGACUUGGCUACGCAGCGGUCGUCACAGGGUUACACCUUCAGUCUUGGCUCCGGUUCUGUCUCUUGGCGGUCUACCCGUUCUUCUUCUGUUCUCAGCUCCAGUUGUGAGGCUGAGAUCUACGCUGGGGCCAUGGCUGCACAGGAGCUACGCUGGCUCACCUACCUGCUGACCGACUUGGGAGAGGCGCCUCGUUCUCCUCCAGUUCUGUACGUCGACAACAAGGCCAUGCUGGCUUUGUGUCAGGAGCACAGACUGGAGCACAGAAUGAAGCACAUUGCUCUGCGCUACUUCCUUGCUCGAGAGUUGCAGCAGCGUGGCCAGCUUCGUCUUGCUUACGUGGCCUCUCAGGCCAACACUGCUGAUGUUUUCACCAAGGCACUUCAGCCUUGUGAUCAUCAGCGUUUCUGUACUGUGCUAGGCCUUGUACCUACUGUGCCUCACUUGCUGACUUCUUGUCUUUGCUAG